GGCAUUGGUAGGAGCAGCAGAAGGCAAUCCUGGCCAGGUUGGGAGACUUGAAACUCAGCCUUCCUCCUGCACAAGGGAACUUGAGGUUUGGGAGAUCUCGGGUUGUUGGCCAACGGAAUCGGCGAUGGAGCAGUAUCAGACUCUGGAGCAGGCCCUCGGCGGGCUGGUUUGCACUUUCCAGCGCUACUGCCGGAAGGAAGGCGACAGGCGCACACUCAGCAAAGGGGAACUGAAGGAACUCUUGGAAAACGAGCUUCCCAGCCUGAAAACCCUUCAAAUAAAAGACGGUGCUUUAGAAGAGUUGAUGGCAUUGCUGGAUACGAACAACGACAACCAGGUGGACUUUGAAGAGUACAUCCGCUUCAUCGCGGCGGCCUGCACCUUCUUCCACGACUUCUUCCGGGACAGCCCUCCGGUCCAGCCCCGACUGCUAUGAAAACCAAGAUGGCGCCCCAACUCACCCAAGGUUGCAAAGCAGGUUCCCCACCCCGGUUGGAAAAAACCGUGCCAGGAAGUCCCCAUGUCCGUCUCUGAAAUUUCGAGACACGUCUUCUUCUUUCUCACCAACUUCGUCUUUAUUGCAUUUUGUUACUUAAGCCGAGAAAGCAGUUUUGGGCCUCAAGAAAAAUGGGGAAAUAGAACAAGAAAAAAAUGGCCUCUGAAAGGAUAAAACGAAAAGUAACAACAACGCAGUGGAGCUACAAAUCCUUAGCAUCUCAUGCCUUUGAGGGAAAGAGCCUCAAAGUUAGGACUGUAAAAUGUCAUAGAAAUGUUAUACAGUGGUACCUCGGUUUACAAACUUAAUCCGUUCCUGAAGU